AUGCAUGCGGAGAAUCCUCUACAGAGUCCCGCCGAAGUCAGCUCGGUCGGACCACAGUCAGAGUCCGCCCUACCUGGACAGAUUCUCACGGGCAAACAAGAACAUUACCUUAAGCGCGAGCUCAUCGCCCGCCAAGUGCAAAGCGAAAUCGCCGAGCUGAACUCCCCGACGGCCCUCCAACGUUUCGGUGCCCCAUUCAGAUCAGAGUACGGAGAAGUUGCCCCGGUUGACUCAGAACUCCCCAUCCUUCGAUAUAUAUUUGUUCAUCAUGUGCGCAAUUUCCCCUUUCUCGACAAGGCCCGCGAGAAGGAGUUUUGGCAGGAUAAAUUGCAAGUGUUCCUAGAAUCCUUCGCAAAGAAGCAUGUUUCGUCGUCCGAAGACCGCCUAGAGGAGACAAAGCGCAGAAAAUUGGCAAGGAAGUGUGAGAAACUCGUGGAGCUCAUGAUGGUAUCAGGUAUCCCAACGGCAUCAGGGUACGAAGAAAGGAUUCAAUUCUCGGAAAUCGAGGUCGUAGAGCGCGGUGCCAACGACAAGGGACUGUUGGUUAAUAUGCCGGAAGGGAAUGCCAUACACGGCUGGGAUGUCAAUGUGGCUGCCGUGAGAAUUACUUCCGUCAGGCGAACUGUGCGGUAUCAUCAGCAUGCUGAAUUCAUUCUUCGUGUUCGUCGGGAAGGAAAGUCGGACGUCUUUGUGGCCCGACGGUACGGUGACUUUGCGAAGCUCCACAGGAGGCUGCGCACCGAAUUUCCCGGAAAGCCACUCCCAGUUCUUCCACGCAAGAACAAGUCCUCAACGUCGUCGAGCUUUUUCUCCUCAGCCGACGAUGACGCCUCUUCGGUCUCCUCUUUAUCGAGCCAGAGUGCAAGUACGCCGGAUGAGGGACAAACUUCUCGAAACAGCUUAGCUCCCGGGAACCCUCUGCAUCGCUCUGCGUCGCGGUCGUCCAUGCGCUCAUCUUUGGGAAUAUCCCCCAAGUCACCGAGACCUUCAGCGGAGACCUCUCGAGAGACUGUACUCUAUAGAGAGGAACAACGGGUUUCGCUUCGAGCGUUCCUUCGCACUUUACUGCAGAAUAAGCGGGCGGCAGAGUCAAAGGCUUUAGAGGAGUUUCUAACUGCAGAACCUAUUACUCUGAAUGAGGAAGAACUAAUUGACAUGCAACGAAGGAAGGAGGCAGAUGCUAUCAGGAUAGAAGAGCAGAAGAAGUUCUAUGAGAUCGCUAGACAGCGCGCAGCAGAGCUUGAUGUGUACAUGGAAAACUUCCGUCGAGAUAUUGUAGAGAGCAAUGGCCUGACGAAGCUGUUUGCGGAAAUUAGAGAAAAGCCGACGGUAGAGGAUCUCAGUCCUCAAUAUCAGAAGUUUGCAGAAUGGCUUCGGAUCGAGGUUGCCGCAACACUGUACCAUUUGUUCUUGGCCGAGGACAACUCGCCUGAACUAUUCGCACAGUUCAAGAGGAUACACUCUCUUGUCCCAUACACAUUGAUGAAGAAUGUUAUCCGAAUUGCGAAUCCUGCAGCCGUUAUGUCUGGGGUUUUGGAUCUUUUCCUUGCUCAGCCAUUUGGCUCACGGUCUCUUCUGCAGCGGAUCUUUUCCAUGACUCUGAACGAUGGCAUCAAACAAUUCCAAAAGGCCAUUGACUCACUUGCUUCCAAGGUUGAUGAUGCUUCUCUCUGUCAGAAAUUGAAGGCGUUCACAGACUCAGAUGAGGAAACCAAGAAUGAGAUCCGUGCCGAGGCUGAGGAUGAGGAUAUCGACAUUCUCGUGGCAAUUCUUCGGUCUGACCGCUUCUCUCCCGAACUCACACCGGAGCAAUAUGGUAAUGUAUUUAAUGCCUAUGUCGCCUGGAACCAGGCGGUGGAGAGUGUCGAUGCAGAAAUGCGUGAAGGUGCACAGUGGUUUGCAAACAUGAAGCAGCUACUUAAACUCUACACACGGCAGCGUGACAAGGCCAUGAUGCUCAGCAUCGUUGAAGAACCAGUUACCCUCCAACUCUUCCGCGACUUAUUCACAAUAUUCUACGAGCCGCUAGUGCGCGUUUACAAGUCGGCAAAUGUUUACAAUAGUAUCACUGAUUUCGCUCAAUUUGCCGACGACGCCAUACAGGUGGUUGAGAAAUGUCAGCGACAAGACGUAUCUGCAGAUCCAAACCAAACGGUCCAGUCCUUCAUCGAUCUUUGCGAACGUCAUCAAGCGAGCUUCUAUAAGUUCGUUCACGAGGUACACCUUCAUGACAAUGGACUAUUUGGCUCUCUGAUGGGAUGGAUUGAAGAUAUACUUGAUUUCCUACGCCACGGGCCUGUUGGUGGCAAGCUUGACAUGAACGCCUUGCUUCACGGAGCUAAGGAUGUUGGACAAAUCGAUAAAGAUAAGGCUCUCGACGAGAUCAAUGCACUUAUCAAAUGGCAUGAAGACCGCAAGCGGUGGCACCUGAAUAAGACCAGGCAGAAGAUGGCGGCGGAAGGAACCGGGAAUGACCCCUUCCCGACAUUUAAGGGAAGUGAUUUCGGCUUAGACGAGGGCGACCUGGAAGACCUUGCCAUCUCGGACGCAGAGUCUGAUCCUAAUGACGAGCUCGACGAGGAAGAUGACCUUGACCCCAUCUCUGCUGAACGACGACGACGGGUCAAGCAACAGGAUCAACUCCGUCGCACGGCUGGCGAACCUGUUAAGCCUGAAGUCCAAGAGAUUCUCAAAUUAGCCGAAUCGUUUGGAGUAAUGUUACGGAUGCAGCAGCGCUGCAACUUCUUCCUCUGGGCAACUGACGCCGAAGCCCGCGAAAAACUCGCCAUUCUAUCAAACUCAAGAACAGAGCCGCAGAAUAUGCCCCAGACACCCACCAAAGCUUCCCGACAUGAAGGAACAGGCCUUCUCACUCCACAGACCGAUCGUCCACUGCGUCAUGCCCCUGGGUCCGAGUCGAGGAAUUUUCAGACCCCCUCCAAAAGCGCUAAGGCGCGCAUGAUGACAGAGGACUCCGAUGGGUUCGAAUGGGAUGAUACCAUUGCGGACGAAGCCGCUACGGUGCAGCAUAAGCCUCGCCAGCCGGACUUUGGGCAAGCUGCUGGUGGCUCGGAUUUCCUCCCACGAAAGACGCCCCGGACAGAUUCUUGUACCUCACCCAGUAAACGGAAGCUGUCUGAUAUGGAGAGCGCACCGUCCCUCACGCCUACGUCAGUGUUUUCUCCCCGGUCGACUGCGUGUCGACUUCCUCCGGCAUCAGCUGAAAUAUCGGUGACUCCUACGCCGAGCAAAUAUAAGAAUGCGCUAUCUGCUGAUUCUGCGGCAGAUACGUCAGAGUUAUCACUUCAGGCCUUGAGGAUUCUGGAGAGCCAUAACGUGGUCGUGCCCAGGAAAGCUCAGGAAGAGCUCACCGAGUUGUUAAACAGAUAUGACCUCAAAACCAGAGGCAUAAUUCGAGGACGAGACAUCUCGCGAUUUGCAAUCAAGAAGAAAGAUGAGGAGAUUAUGAAGCUCAAUGAAAGGAUUGUGAUGCUAGAGUCGCAAAGGGAAUUGACCCCUAACGCCUCCAAAACGCCUAACAGCGACCUCCCCACCAUGUUCCGACCCCCAGUGAACCGUGCAAUGCGGGUUCUGGAUCGCUCAUUCUUCAAGAAGACGGUGCCCCUAUCUGCCGCGACGGUUUUCAAGUCCUCCGAUAUCUCGAGGGUGCGCGGCCAGCUACAAAAGAGUCGGGAUUUGCUGGCCGUUCCGAGAAUUAGUUCGGUUCAGGACGUGAAGGUUAAGGAUGAAGUGAAGAAAUGCUUGUUGCUGAAGGAGGGUAUUAAAUAUGAUGAUGCUACAACAUGGUCGCCAACGAUCAAUGAGCUUGUGGAGAAUGGUGCUGUUGGAAUUGGACGGUAUGAUUUCGAAUUGGACUACGAUUACUGGCCUUAUGCCGAUAUCAUGAACGCAAUUCUGCCGGAAGACAUGCUUGAGGAGCUUCCUCAAGGGUUCACCCAGGUGGGCCAUGUCUCUCAUUUGAAUCUCCGCGAACAAUAUACCCCUUAUAAGUACCUUAUUGCCCAGGUGUUGAAAGACAAGAACCCCACAAUCCGGACAGUGAUUAGAAAGACCGAAGAUGUGGGCGCCCACAGCGAAUUCCGCACGUUUCCCUUCGAGUUCUUGGCCGGCGACGAGGAUAUGAACGUUAUCCAACAUGAGCAGGGCUGUGAAUUCCGAUUUGACUACUCUCGUGUGUACUGGAACAGCCGUUUGGAGACCGAGCACCGUCGACUCGUGAACAAAUUCCGCCCGGGUGAGAUGGUUUGCGAUGUGAUGGCCGGUGUUGGCCCGUUCGCUGUCCCAGCGGGCAAAAAGAAGAUUUUCGUUUGGGCCAAUGACCUUAACCCGCACGGAUAUGAGGUCAUGCAGGAUGCUAUUCGCAGGAACAAGGUCAACCAAUUUGUGACCCCGUUUAACAAGGACGGAAGAGCGUUUAUCCGCUGGUCUGCCAAUGAGCUCUUGCAAACGGAGCCAGUGACUGUAACUAUCCAAAAGAAACAAAGAAGGAGCGCCCAAAAAGAAGAGCAGGCCCCUGCCCCCCCAGCAGAGGUCUAUCACCGACCCACUGUCUUUGGUCACUACGUGAUGAACCUUCCGGCCAAUGCUCUCGAGUUUCUUGAUGCAUUCCCUGGUGUCUAUGCUGGCAAGGAAUCCUUAUUUGCGCCGCAUACAUCUACACCUCUUCCAAUGGUACAUGUGUAUUGUUUCUCCGGUCAUUCGGAAGAUGAAGUGGACGACCACAAGGACAUUUGCCAGCGCAUCUCGGAACGAAUUGGCUACACCAUCACGCCGGAGGAUCGAGUCGGGGGAAGUGGAAACGCAGAGCUGGAGCUGGCCAUUCACAAUGUCAGAUUGGUUAGCCCCAACAAGCAAAUGUUCUGCGCUAGUUUCCGUCUACCUAAGGAGGUCGCUUUCCGACAAGCCCAUUGUAUCAGUGCACCACGUGAUAUCACAUACGGUACCAAAAUGAGCGUCCAAUUGCCACCCCCAACACAUCGCAAGCGCGCCUUGCCCCAAGGCGAGCUCGAAGCCGCCUCGACUCUCAGACUAGGCGCGGACCAGAAUACUCAUACUUUGUCGCUUUCCGAAGCAAGACUCGUCAUCAACAAAGUGCUGGAGAACAAGCGCAGGGGCGGAAAGAAAUACGAGGAGCCGGAGAACCUUACCAAGACCCUGGACUAUCUGGAAGUAUUUGCUCGAUUCAAGGACGAGGAAAACAUCAAGGCCGUCGAGCGACUGCUCAAUUCGCAUACGGAGUUGGAGAUGUUCGAGCGGUCACAACUGGGGAGUUUGUGCUGCGAUAAUGCCGAGGAAGCCAAGUCCCUCAUCCCCAGUCUUCAACACAAAAUCUCCGAUGGCGAUCUGCAAGAGCUCUUGGACGAGCUGACCAAGCUGCGGAAUUUCACGGAGUAA